AUGGCCAGUCCAGAAACCCUCAUAGCCGCUCUUCCGCCUUUGCUGCCCUGCUCCAUGGGCACUCUUAUACCUCACCUCGUCGAUAUCGAGAACGAAAUCAAAGUCGGUGGCCAGGGAGGUCACUGUCGGUCUUCGAUCGCUGCCAAUGAUAAUACAUCUACGCCGCCGCAGAUCGAUUUCUUGGUGUCCAACCUCGCCAUCACCAUCUACAGCUUUUGCUGGCCAAAAUUUCGAGCUCCUUUCAUGAAAUAUGUGGAUGUUUUCAUCGCCCACUCCAGUUCCACAGCGGCCAGCAAUGCACAAGCUCGUUCUUUUGAUGAAGAGGAGCGCGAAGAUCUUUUCUCGGUCGGGGAUGCCUUCUCCGAUCUCAAGGUGUCAAUGACGGUUGAAACACCUCCAGAUGAGGUUUUGCGGAAUAUCAGUGUCACGUUGACCGACCUCGUCUCAAAGAGGCGGCCUUAUAUCGACGACGAGGGGGUGGACUCGCUGCUGCUGCAAUGCGAGAAAUAUCGCAUGCGACUUCCCUUCAGUGUAAAUAUGCACGACGAGGGCUUGCUGGAGCUUUGGAGCCAACACGGGGGUAUAGAAGAUCGAUCCACGCCCAAAGAGGACGGAGAGUCUUCCAUGCGCGCGCAGAGGCGGAAGUUAACCGUCCAACCGUGGCUGAACAUGUUCGAGAUGGGCGAGGGAAGGCCAUGCCGUGUUGGUCGCGUAUCUCGCCACUCGGACCGACAUUGA